GUGAAAGUAGAGACACAGAAUAGAACAGUCUGUCUUUGGGAGUACACUGAAAAUGGAUGUUUUAAAAUGGAUCGUUUCUAGUCUUUUGAUUUUCACUUCAGUGGCAGAAGUCUCUGCAGAUUACAUAUUUGGCCGCAAAGGUGGAUCUAUUACGUUUUCGCCAGAGCAGGUGACAAAAGGCACAAAAGUAACCGCUAUUAUCUGGAAACACAACAAGGACAAAGCUGCCGAAUGGUAUGAAGAAGAUAAAGAAGAAAUAACUGUUUUUAACAUCUUCACAUCUUCGGCUACACUGAACAAUCAAACCUGGGCGUUGACCAUUUCAAACCUGCAACCACAUUUCAAUGGAACUUACUCAGUGGAGGUGAACAACAAGGACACCGACUUGAGAAUGAAACUUAUUGUUCUCAAUCCAGUUAAGGAGCCUAACAUCACCACAGACUGCAACUCUACCAGCUGCACCCUGACCUGUGAGGGAGAGGACAGUGAGCAUGCUCAGUACUCCUGGACUGGCAGGGGGAGCAGGAGUAGUGGACACAUAUGGACUGUGGAGAGGAGGGCUGGGGUCUACAUCUGCAACUUCAGCAAUCCAGUGAGCUGGGAGAUCAGAAGCAUCUCUCUGACAGAUGACCUUCCUUGGGGAAUAAUUGCAAUUGGAAUAGCUGGAAUUGUUCUUAUUGCUGUUUUUAUCGCAAUUGUGUUAAGGAUCCAUCGCUUUAGGAAAAAUAGAACUGGAAUGUACUCUCCAGGAACUGUAGAUCUAUCAGGGGAAAUUGCAGGUCUGUCAUGUAACAAGACUGAAAAUGAGGAACCCCCCCAGACAGAAAUAGAGCUAGAUGACAUGACGAAGAAUGGCGUCAUGGCUGUACAGGGAGAUGAACUAACAGACCAAUCAAACAAAGAGCUAGAUGAUAUGAUGAAGAAUGGUGCCAUGACUACACAGAUAAAUGUGUCACCAGAGCCUUGCCAAACAAACAGUGGAUCAGAUGGUGUCCAUGAGCAUGUUUCCAAUGCAGAGGAUGUCAAGGCAACUCAUAAAGUAUCAAUCGAACCGGAUGGUGGUGUGCCUCAAUACCUAACUAUGGGUCCCCAGACGUAACUCUUCAGCAAGAAACUAUAGCUGAUGAGCCACAGCCUGAGACCUCUGAAGAGGAAGGAAGUAGAUUGGGUAAACCCCCAGCGAUGACUAAAGAUGUCUUCAAUGAGAACUAUAUCCGUUCUCUAUCACGAGGUCUUCUGGGUACCUUCCAAAGGCCAUGCUGUAUUCAACACUCCUUCUCUAACAUUCAGCUUGAACAACUCACUGACAUCUUGAAGGAUUUCAUGGUUACACUUUGCUUGAAGGAAUCUACAGUAUGUAAGAGUGACAUGACACUGCCAUGAACGGGUAAUAAAAAAAACAUUUCAUAAAUGUGUAUGAUAUGAUGCUUCUGUCAGUAAGUGUUAUUCUGUUUUUGUCAUGACAAGUUAGGGUUA